AACCAAAGGGAAACCAAAAACGAACUUCCAAUUGACAAUAUGUGCUAGCUGGGGAGCCAGUCCCCUCCUACAAUUGUGCAGGAAGAUGGUGCAAGCGCUGACAGAUCAAACGUCAAUGGUGCACGGACGGAUCUCAUAUGGAUAAAACUCUGAGUUGGGGUGGUGACCAGAACAGCCCAGAACAUCACUGACAGGGGUGGUGACCAGAACAGCCCAGAACAUCACUGACAGGGGUGGUGACCAGAACAGCCCAGAACAUCACUGACAGGGGUGGUGACCAGAACAGCCCAGAACAUCACUGACAGGGGUGGUGACCAGAACAGCCCAGAACAUCACUGACAGGGGUGGUGACCAGAACAGCCCAGAACAUCACUGACAGGGGUGGUGACCAGAACAGCCCAGAACAUCACUGACAGGGGUGGUGACCAGAACAGCCCAGAACAUCACUGACAGGGGUGGUGACCAGAACAGCCCAGAACAUCACUGACAGGGGUGGUGACCAGAACAGCCCAGAACAUCACUGACAGGGGUGGUGACCAGAACAGCCCAGAACAUCACUGACAGGGGUGGUGACCAGAACAGCCCAGAACAUCACUGACAGGGGUGGUGACCAGAACAGCCCAGAACAUCACUGACAGGGGUGGUGACCAGAACAGCCCGGAACAUCACUGACAGGGGUGGUGACCAGAACAGCCAGGAACAUCACUGACAGGGGUGGUGACCAGAACAGCCAGGAACAUCACUGACAGGGGUGGUGACCAGAACAGCCCGGAACAUCACUGACAGGGGUGGUGACCAGAACAGCCAGGAACAUGUGAUGUCACUCAGCCUGAUCUAGAAGCAUGGGGCUGAGGCUAGUUGACAAGCAAGGGCAGCAGAGCCAGAAGAUGGUGAUCUUCGGAGCCAUCUUCCUCCUUAUGACCCUCCUCAUCCUCUAUAGCUCCAACAGUGGCAAUGACAUCAGCCCCUUAUACAGUCCCUUCAGGGCGUCCACGCCUCAUCACGCCAUCAAGGUCACCAACCUCAAGAAAUGGGCAGGGAAGGAGGGUUAUGUUGCUGUCUAUGGAAACAAGAAUAUGACCCUGCACUGCCACCACUGUGCUCUGGUGACCAGCUCCAGCCACGUACUGGGCAGCGGGGCCGGACCGGAAAUCGACCACACCCAGUGCGUGAUCCGCAUGAACGACGCCCCCACCACAGGGUUCGAGCGUGACGUGGGCAACCGGACCACUCUCAGAGUGGUGGCCCACUCCAGCGUGUUCAGGGUGGUCAGGCGGCCCACCGAAUUUCUCAACCACACGGACCAUAACUCUGCGGUCAUAUUCUGGGGACCGCCCUCCAAGAUUGGGAGAGAGGCUAAAGGAACGCUGUACCGUCUGAUCCAGAGAGUGAGCAUGACCUACAGUAACCUGUCCAGCUUCACAAUCACGCCCAGCAAGAUGCAUAAGUUUGAUACACUCUUUCAGAAAGAGACUGGGCGAGACAGAGCGAAGUCUCAGUCCUGGUUGAGCACUGGCUGGUUCACCAUGGUGAUUGCCAUAGAGAUGUGUGACAAUAUUGAAGUGUACGGGAUGGUUCCACCCAGUCACUGUGGAAGCAUGGCGAAGACUUUUGGGUCGAAACGUUGCACUGUAAAACAGCGAGGGGAACAUUCGACAGUGUGCGGAAAAAAGCCCCAGCCCAAGAAGAUGCCCUACCACUACUACAAGCCCAGGGGCCCAGAAGAGUGUGUCACCUACCUGCAGAACGAGAAGGGCCGAAAGGGGCCUCACCAUCGGUUCAUCACGGAGAAACAGGUGUUCGCACACUGGGCCAAGCAGUAUAAUAUCAGCUUCACUCACCCCACAUGGUGAGAUGACUGGUUCCUCUCACAAAGGUAUGCCCCCUUCUCUGAAUGGUAGUCAUUUUUCUUGGGAAUUACUGUAAGCCCUGUGAUGACUUGAAGGAAAUACAUGAAGUAUUUAUUUCACAUAUGAAGCUGUGGGCUUGGUUUGUAACAAAUAAUAUAAAUUAGAAAUGUGUUUUUUAUUUUCCAAAGCUAGCUACAAAAAAAAGGUUUACAAUCUAAGUCUUACAGGAGUUAAUACUGUUUUUCUGUGUACCGUAGAAAAUUAAAUUCCAAUGAAAUUCCACACAGAAAAAAACUGAAAAGUCCUGGAAACCUUAGAUUUUUUUGCUUUCUUUUAUAGCUAGUUUGGUCAAAUAAAAAACACAUUUCUAAUUAUAGGGCAACUGAUGUUUAAUGUAAAUAUAAACAAACAAAAAAUAUUUUUACAUGUUUCUAAUGUUUGUUUUAAAAAAGUCCCCAAAAGCAAAUGUUAUAAUAUAAUAUCAACUUUCUCAUACUGAGGGGAGAUUGUAUUAUCCUAGACGUUAAAGGAAUUUGUUUCAGAGACACAUGCUUAUAGACAGUAUGGCUCAAAGUAAGUGACAUGUUUGUUGCAUUACGUUAUCCAAUCAAACCAUGUGUGGCUUUCACUUAACACAGUAAAAAUACCAACAUUAGAACACGUUAAGCUUACAUUUAUAGCACUGUAGGUUGGCUCGUGCCAACCCAAUGGAAUCAUAACAUUCCUGUUGAAUGUAGGGGUGUGUGAGAUUAAGGCGUUCACACAACUGUGCUGUACUGGAUGCAGAGUUUAUCCUGUCAAACCAUGACACAAACGAACAUUGUCUCGUCAUCUUGGACCCUUUACCUCUGUGACAUCCUGAGGCAUGCAGCUGUUGGAGUCUGAACGAUCCAAAAGAAUGUAUUUCGUUAUUUAUUGUUAGCAUUGUGCUGAUUGACUUGUUAUUCGUCAUGAAUGUUCUGUAAUGUGUCUUGAGAACAAAUAACAUUUGAAAAAAGAUGCAUGUACAUGACGUUUAAAUUUGCAUGGAAUCCCAUACACAGGGGAUAGUAGAAACACAGGACAAAAUGGAAUCCCAUACACAGGGGAUAGUAGAAACACAGGACAAAAUGGAAUCCCAUACACAGGGGAUAGAAACACAGGACAAAAUGGAAUCCUAUACACAGGGGAUAGUAGAAACACAGGACAAAAUGGAGUCCUAUACACAGGGGAUAGUAGAAACACAGGACAAAAUGGAAUCCCAUACACAGGGGAUAGUAGAAACACAGGACAAAAUGGAAUCCCAUACACAGGGGAUAGAAACACAGGACAAAAUGGAAUCCUAUACACAGGGGAUAGUAGAAACACAGGACAAAAUGGAAUCCCAUACACAGGGGAUAGUAGAAACAGGACAAAAUGGAAUCCCAUACACAGGGGAUAGUAGAAACAGGACAAAAUGGAAUCCCAUACACAGGGGAUAGUAGAAACACAGGACAAAAUGGAAUCCCAUACACAGGGGAUAGUAGAAACACAGGACAAAAUGGAAUCCCAUACACAGGGGAUAGUAGAAACAGGACAAAAUGGAAUCCCAUACACAGGGGAUAGUAUAAACACGGGACUAAAUGGAAUCCUAUACACAGGGGAUAGUAGAAACACAGGACAAAAUGGAAUCCUAUACACAGGGGAUAGUAGAAACACGGGACAAAAUGGAAUCCUAUACACAGGGGAUAGUAGAAACACGGGACUAAAUGGAAUCCUAUACACAGGGGAUAGUAGAAACACAGGACUAAAUGGAAUCCUAUACACAGGGGAUAGUAGAAACACACCUGCUGACCUGAUACAAAAGACAAGGAGUACCACCAAGAACAUCUUAUGGUUCUUCACUUGUGCUGUGAUCUUCUAUCCUUGAAUAAAAAAAUGCUGAUGGUACAG